UAAUCCAUAGCAUCCCAUCUGAUACAGCCAUGAAUCAUCCCUGGGGUUAUGGAGGAACAAUACCUGAGCAUUUUACAGACCAGCAAUGUUUCAUCAAUGCUGGCAGAAAGAAAAGUAACAAUCGUCUUAACGAUCAGCUAAUCCCAAAACCAACUGACAUUAAUGUAGCGGAAAAUAUGAUAAAGAUCGCUACUCCGAAGGAGCAUCCCUAUUCAUCCCACAUCUCUCGGUUUGCCAUGUUCCCAUCUUUCCGCUCCCCGGACGACCCUGAAACGGGAGUCAGAGCUGCCUCUCAACCUUUCUUUAACCCUCACAUCCCAAACAGUGCGCCAGAGGUCACAGUGCAGAGCAAAACUAUGGGUAAUCCCUAUAGACAUGAGAUCUUACAAUCACCGGCGAAAUCAAGUCGGAAGGCUGUCGCAUGGACAGGAGAUCAUGGAUUCUUGGAUCAUAUAAAGCCACUUAAGGGUGAAAAGCAAGUGUUCUACCCCACACCUCCUAAGACGGUGCUGCCAAACCUGAAACUUCGGGACCCACAUUUGUCAUUAUCAGAACGGACAAGCAACAUGUUAAAAAACCUGGAGAGGACAUUCUGGCUCACCUCUUACCAAAUGGACUACACAGGAUGGGGCCCAGCAAACCCUUUAAAGAUGGAUGAUUUCCAGGAAAAAAUAAGUAGCCUCCCUGGGAUUAAUCCACACAGGACACCUCUGCGAGAAAGGUCGUUCCCUGUGUUUGUUCCCUCGAAUCCAAAACAAAGCUUGAGAAGGAGACAGGUGAGCCGUGUGAGAAGGAGCAGCAGCAGUCCCUCUACUGGUGAACACCAGACGGAUCGACAUCCAGACCAAAGCAGCACUUCAGCUACCAAAAAUCGGCCACAAGAGACCUCAGCUGCGCCUAACGAGGCUCCGCAUAGUGCUGACUCUGCAGGAGGUAAACCCUCUGAUCUCACUCGAGAGAUCUUACACAAACAAGGAACUCAGACCAAAAUGCACGAGGGCAGAGGGAAGGAAAACCGCAAAGUUCAGUUUGAUGAAGGUCUUAUUCAAAAGUCUAUGUCACAAAACUCCCAAGAGGUCAAUGCUGCGCAGAUCUCCAAAACAGAAGCAUCCCUGAACGUGUGCAGCCGCCCAUAUUCCCAGGGAAAAGUGUCCACCAGAGAGAAAGGCUGGGUGGAACUUGAUGAAGCCAGAGACAAGGCAAACAUUGCGCCAAAUGCUGAGGUAUUAUCAAGGGCAUCUUUGGAGCAGGAUAGUCUGACAGAGGGCAAACAGCUGCUGCCCCCUACAUCUAAUCCCUCCAUCCUACCACGGCCUCUGCCCGGCAUUCGCUCAACGAGCCAAGCCGGGGCUGUGGGAGGAGCAGGCGGAGCUGUCAGCAUCCUGGAGCUUCAGAAUUCAUUCAGCAAGUCGGAGGCUCAUCGCAACUUCAACAGAUCGAUCACACAUGCUGCCGUGGACCUGAGAGACAAUAUAGUGACUGGGAAGAAACACAACUUUUUUGGAAUAAACUGCAACUACAUCCAUGGAUAA